CUGGAGACAGACGGCACUAAACCAGUGUUUUGUAAGGAUCUCAGUGUAAAGGAAUUGGCUGUUUGUAACAUUUUAGUUACAAAUGCAUGCGCGUUUACAUUGACUAUACGGGGAAAUUUGUUAUUUGAAUUGCUUUUAUUUUAGGGCUAGGUCAUGCAAAUUCACAAACUCGUUCCGUCGUUUUUGUCUCAUGAGGACUGGAGACAGUAAAAACAGCUUAGCCGUUUUGACACAUCACUCAGAAGGAAGAUUCCAAGGGGCAUGACGGGCCAAAGAGGGGACGAAGUGCGACUUUAGUCGUGGAAAACAGACGGACAGGAAACUUGAGCCCUGCGAAGAGUUCGGCUGGGAAUCUAAAAUUCAGACUUUAGGGCGUCCCAUAGUAGAAAUACCAACACCGUUUCUGGAAUUACAUUAGUAUAUUUCUUUCUUUUCACCAUUUUGUGACUUGUCUUUCAUGGUGACAUUUCACUGAACACGUCAAAUCGAAACGUUGUUUGGUGCAAUGCCUGAGGAGGUCUAGCGGCACAUUAUGAGGAAUCCAAAGAAGUGACCUCUGUUUGGAAGCCCACCACGCACGGUGGAGAAUGGCAUCCAACGAAAGAUUGUACGAGGUCUGGAUGCUCUACUGCAACAAGAGGGAUCCAGACUACCUGAAGUUGUGGCUGGAGAUCUUCAUCGGCUCCUAUGAGAGAUGCCUGGACGUGGACUUCGAGAAGCCACCAUCCAGGUUGGAGGAGGACCCUCCAGUGAUGACCCUGCUGCCAGACAACAUCCUGCAGGUGUUGCGUCACCAGCUGGUCCAGUGUGUCCAGAAGGCCUCAGACGGCCUGGAGCAGGAACAGCAGAGUCUGGCUCUUCUACUGGUCAAGUUCCUAAUCGUUGUCUGCAGGAACCUGUCCAACGUGGAGGAGAUCGGCACCUGCUCUUACAUCAAUCACGUCAUCACCAUGACAACGCUCUACAUCCAGCAGCUGAAGAGUAAGACCAAGGAGAAGGAGAUGGCCGACCAGACGCAAGCCGAGGAGUUUGUUCGCCACGCUCUGGCCUUCUGCGAGAGCCUCUACGACCCGUACCGCAACUGGAGACACCGUGCCUGCGGGGAUCAGCGGAGCACGGUGGAGAAGAGCAGACAGAAGUACAAGGCGGCUCCGCUCACCGUGGAGUUUGUCCCCUUCUUCUAUCAGUGCUUCCAGGAGAGCGAACACCUGAAGGACAGCCUGAAGUGCUGUCUGUUACACCUAUUUGGAGCCAUAGUGGCAGGAGGGCAGCGGAACGCUCUGCUGGCCAUUUCCCCGGCCACCAUGGAGGUGCUGCUGCGAGUCUUGGGGGACUAUGAGGGGGGAGACGCGGACGGGGAGGACUGGGACAGCCAGGCUCCUGACCGCAAGGCGCUCCUCACCCUGGGCUGUCUGAGGGAGGUGGUCCACUCCCUCCUGGCCAGCAGCUCUGACCAGCGCCAGGUGGAGAUCAGCUCGGUGCUGGAGAACUACUUUAAGCUGCUCAACUCUGACCCGGCGGCUGCCGCCGUGCAGAAAGGGGUCAAAGGCCAAAAGGUGCUGGGCCGCCACUGGGAGAGCCGCUUCGUGGCGCUGCAGGUACACAUGUUGGACACUAUAAGGGACAUGUUCCUGUGUUCGGACCGUCCUGUCCUGCAGGCCAUCUUCCUCAACAGCAACUGCUUUGAGCACCUCACCCGGCUGCUACAGAACAGCAAGCUGGUUAAUGCUAGGUGCACGGCCGCAGAGAAGGACCAGAAAGAUUUCACCAACAGGUUACUGACGGUGACGCAAGAGAGUGACCCCCAGGUGUUUCAAGGGAGACUGGACUCUCUCGCCGUGGCAACCAUCAAAGCCCUGACGACGGUGAUGCACAAGUCACCUGCUGCAAAGGAGGUGUUUAAAGAGCGGAUUGGCUACACGCACCUAUACGAGGUUCUUGUGUCCCUUGGACAGCCCUCCAGACACCUGCUAAAGGAGCUGAUGAAUAUGGCCGUGGAAGGCGAGCACACGUCGAUGGGCAUCCUGGGCAUUAGCAACGUGGAGCCCCUCCUCCUCCUUAUCCAGUGGCUCCCGGAGAUGGACUCGGCCGAGCUGCAGGUGUUCACCGCCGACUGGCUCCGGCGCCUCUGCUGCAUCAACCGGCGGACACGCGCCACCUGCGUCAACGCCGCCAUGGCCAUGCGUCUCCUCGCCAGCCUGGAGCGCCACGCCCGUCUGCACCGGGCGUGCGCCGAGAGCCUUGUGGCCUUGCUCGGGUCGCUGGGCAGCCUGUCGCUGGGCGGCGGCGAGUUCCUCCAGCUGCUCCGGCUCCUGAGGCCACUGGAGCCCGGCCAGGCGCACCCGUAUGUGGGCCCCGUGUUGCGGGCCGUCCUGGGGAUGGUGCGCAAGCAGGGCCUGGAGAGCGCCAUGCAGUACUUCGACCUGUCUCCCAGCAUGGCGGGCAUCGCCGUGCCCACGGUAAUGCGCUGGCCGGGCUCCGCCUUCAGCUUCCUGGCCUGGCUUUCAUUGGAUCCGGACCAACAGGGACCGCCCGGCGGUGGGGACAAGAGGAAGCAGCUGUACAGUUUCUUCACACCAGGAGGAACGGGCUUCGAGGCCUUCAUCAGCUCGGCGGGGGUUCUGGUAGUGGCCGUGUGCACCAAGAAGGAGUAUGUGACUGUCAUGCUGCCAGACUACUCUUUCUGUGACUCACUAUGGCACAGUAUAGGAGUGGUGCAUGUUCCAGGGAAGAGGCCCUUCGGACAGAGUUUGGUUUACGUCUACGUUGACGGACAGCAGAAACUCUCGGCGCCGCUCAAGUACCCGGGCAUGACGGAGCCCUUCACCUCCUGCUGCAUUGGCUCCGCGGGACACCGCACCACCACCCCUCCCCCUUCUCAAAUCCCGGACCCCCCCUUCUCCGGGGCACCCCCCUCCGCCCGCUCCUCCCUGGGCGGGUACCUGUCGGCCCAGGGCUGGGGGGGCCUCCUGGCUGGCAAGCCCGAGUCUGUCACCAAGCUGAUUUCGGCGGGGACGCAGGACAGCGAGUGGGGCAGCCCCACGUCCCUGCAGGGCCAGCUGGGCAGCGUCAUGGUGUUCCACGAAGCCCUGCAGCCCAACCACGUCAAAGCCAUCUGCAGCGCCGGGCCAAACUGCAUUUCUCCGUUCAAGGCCCAGGAGGCGGAGCUCGGCGACCUUUCCACCAAACUCCUGCUGCACUAUUCCCCCAAGGCCUGUCGGAACCCCAUCUGUCUUGACCUGUCCCCCAACCUCCUGCAUGGACGUCUGACUGGAAACAUGGUUGUCAACUGGGACAUAAAGGAUGUGAUCAACCGUGUGGGGGGCGUGCCCGUUCUGUUCCCCAUCCUGGAGCAGCUCGCCCUGCUUAACCCGGAGAGUCAAACCGCCGACGAUCCCCCGGGGUCAGAGUUCAUCACCCCCACCCCCGACGCGGCCACUUCCCCUGGUGAUGGGGACUGGGUCAUCCUGCCCUCCAACAGGGCUUCCGAGGCACGUCUGGAGAAGAACCUGGUGGCCACCUUCUUGCUGGUGCUGAAGCACUUCCUGCAGCGCCAUCCAAUCAACCAGGAGAGUCUGCUUCACUCUCAUGGCGUAGCCACCCUGGGAGGUCUGAUGCAGAAGCUGCCGGCCAGCCUGGUGGAUGUGAGCGUGUUGGUGUCGGCCCAGCUUCUGGUGGAGCAGGUGACCUACGAGAAGAACCAGCAGCUUCUCCUGCAGCUCCACACACACCUGCUGUUCAACUUCAGCAUCUGGAACCUCGGAGACUUCCCCCUGCGCAUCGGUCACAUCCAGUACAUGUCCACUGUCAUCAAAGACAACAGGAAGCAGUUCCGAAAGAAAUACGGAGUUCAAUUCCUGCUGGAUACCAUCCGCCUCUACUACGGUAGGAGUGGAAGCAAGGAAGGAGAUAUGAGCGAAGAUGACAUUCGGACCAUCCGGGCAUCGCUCUGUGGACUCCUCAAGUAUUACAUUGGCAAGGGCAUGAGUCAGGAGGAGAUGCACAGCAUUCUGGGAUACAUCUCUGCCAUUGGAGACGAGGAACAGCUAUGUGGCAUUAUAGAAUUGCUGCUGACCCUACUUCAGACCAGCGCUUCCAGGGACCAGCUCUUCCUGCUCCUUUUUGAGCCGGGGGCGGCGGACUCCUGCUACGCCCUGCUCCUCAACAGUAAACACUCAGACCACCUCCGUGAGCUCGUCUUCAAGAUGUUCGACCGGAUGCUGCGCUGCGACCGCGUCUACGAGAAGAACAAGCAGAGGCUGAGGCUGAGGGAGGUGGGCUACUCUGGCCUCACACUCCUCUUCUCCGACAACCAGGUCACCUCCUCCCUCGUCAAGAGUCUCCUCAACCAGGUUCUCCACACAGACCAAACCGUGAACUACAAGGAUCUGAUGGCUCUGGUCCAGCUGACUCAUCGCGCCGGGCCCAGUAUCCGCCUGCUUGUAUGCAAGAGGCUGUGCCAGCUCCUCCAGUCCCAUCAGGACGCUGCUCGGGAGAUCUGCAGGCAGCUGUGCUGGCAGGAGACGCUGAUGAGGCUGUUCCUGCGCUCGCCCUCCGAGGGAGGUCAGGGACGGGGCGACACCACCAGCACCUGCAGCCUGGAUCUCAACCUCAGCCGUGGGAGUGGCAGCCGCCUGGAUCCGCCCCUGGAGAGGAGGGGCCGGACGGGAAGCUCUGGAAGACUGGAUCGCUUGGCGGAUGAAGACCGCCUUAGCGUGAGCUCCAGGCGAUCGGCGCAUAGUCUUGAGAAUGGGGACGCGCUUUCGCUUUUGGACACGCCCGGUAGUCAGACCGGGGAGGUCCAACCGAUGAAGCCAUGGGCCUCGUCUGGGGCCGGAGGAGCAGGGAAAGCAGGGGGCUUGAGUUUGGAUCUGUCCCACGUGAAUGCCUACGAGGGUGGGGACAGCGGGAGCCAGACGCCAGGCAGCCUGGCCAGCACGCCAUCACCUCUGGAGACAUCAGCCAAGGUCUUCCCAGACACGUCGUCAUCACUCACCGAGGACAGCUUCCUGUUCAGCGACAACAUGUCCCUGGGGGAGUCCUUUAGCUGCGCUGAGCGGACGGAGGAGGAGCUGUCUCGCUUGCUUCUGGAGAUCGUGUUGUGCGUGAUGUGGCGUGGGGUGGAGGGCUCGGACGAUGCCGCCUGGCUGGAGCGGGGACAAGUGUUCUCGGCCCUCACCAAGCUGGGCACUGUGAACGAGCUCUUGCUUCCCGUCGACCACAUCAAGCUCAGUCUCAUGGAGAGGAUGUUAGAGUGGGCCGUGACCGACAACCGCGAGGCAACGGCGGCCAUGUUGCCACAACACACCGAGAACGCGGUGCGGCUUCUACACAUGGUCCAGGACUUCCUGCAGGCCGAGGGCCUGGUAAACCCAUCCCUGUGGACCGAGAAGGUGCUGGAGGAGACUGUCACCCUGAUGGACAGUCUGAUGGUGUGGUACUCUGCAGGCGCUCAGUGGCUGCAGCUGUCCCAGGUGGGCCUGAGGCUGCUUCUGGGCUUCAUGGCUCAGGAAGACCCCCAGGUGUGUGCCAUGGCAACAGCCAAGCUGAACUGCAUCCUGCAGACCAAGAACGUGGAGACGCAGGACGAGGCAUGUUACCUGCUGGGUAAAAUGGAGGGCAUCCUGAGGCGAUCUGUGGGGGAGCAGACAGAGGAAACCUACAUGUUUCUGGUCCCCCUCCUCCGGACAUUGCUAUCCAAGGUGCACAAACUCCUGUACAUGGAGCUUCACCUGCCCCAGUUACCGGACACCAACGGGAGCCCGUCCUUCUUCGAGGACUUCCAGCUCUACUGCAACUCGCCCGAGUGGCGUGUCUACCUCGACAAAUACAUCAUCCCCUAUAUGAAGCAGUAUGAGAUUGAGACGUUCAGCCAGGGCCAUGAGACCAUGGCUCUGUUCUGGAAGGAGUGUUACGAAGCCUUUAUGGUCAACCUGCACAAGAGGGAGAGAGAGCGGGGCGAGAGCAAGAUCCGCUUCCAGGAGCAGUUUGUGGAGCCGUUCUCGAGGCGCGGGCGCCAGGAGAACCUGCGCUACAACAGCAUGCUGAAGCAGCUGCACAGCCAGAACAGUGCCGUCCUGAGGCAGUGGAGGGCAGCGCGCCGCGGCCUGGUGUGUGAGAGGGGACCCUGGGCAGACAGGCAGCAGAGCGAGAUGCGCUGGCGCGUGUCGAGCGCUGAGAACUACUCCCGCAUGCGGCUCAAACUGGUCCGCAACUACAACUACGACGACCACCGCGAGGCCAGCGCCCUCCGGGACAACCUGGGUAUUCAGCAGAAGCGGGUGACCCCCGAGUCCAUGCUGCUGGAGGCGGUCAAGCAGGUGAAGGUCAGCGACCUGGAGGAUGACAUCCUGGAGCUGCCCGAGGACGACCCGGCUGCGACCAACACCACGGGGGAGGCGGAGGAGGCGGGCCAGAAGGAGAAGCUGGUCCUGUUUGAGGACUGUGAGCUGGUCACCCAGGUGGACGUCUGCCCGGGGCGCCUGGAGCUCACCACCCAGCACAUCUACUUCUACGACAACAGCACCGAGAAGGAGGAGGGGGUGGGUCUGGACUUCAAGUGGCCUCUGUCGCAGAUCCGGGAGAUCCACUUGCGCAGAUACAACCUCCGCCGCUCGGCCCUGGAGAUCUUCCUCAUAGACCAGACCAACUACUUCCUCAACUUCAAGAAAGAGGUGCGGAACAAGGUGUACAGCCGGAUGCUACUGCUGCGCUCCCUCAGCCUGUACGGCACGCGCUCCCCACAGGAGCUGCUCAAGGCCUCCGGACUUACACAGAAAUGGGUAAACCGUGAUAUAACCAACUUUGACUACCUGAUCCAGCUCAACACCAUCGCGGGCCGAACCUACAAUGACCUGUCCCAGUACCCAGUGUUUCCCUGGAUCCUUUCAGACUACACAUCAGAGGAGCUGGACCUGACUGACCCUCGGGUGUUCCGGGAUCUGUCCAAACCGGUGGCUGUACUCAACGAGCGAAACGCCAAAGCUGUCAGAGAAAAAUAUGAGAGUUUCGAGGACCCGACGGGGACGAUCGACCGGUUCCACUACGGCACCCACUAUUCCAACGCAGCUGGCGUCAUGCACUACCUCAUCCGCGUGGAACCCUUCACGUCCUUGCACAUUGCGCUGCAGAGUGGCCGGUUUGACUGUGCUGACCGUCAAUUCCACUCCAUCCCUGCCACCUGGCAGACCCUCAUGGACAACCCCAACGAUGUCAAGGAACUCAUCCCUGAGUUCUUCUACUUCCCAGAGUUUCUGGAGAAUCAGAACGGCUUUGAUCUAGGGCGCCUGCAGAUCUCCAAGGAAAGGGUGAAUGACGUCAUCCUGCCGAAAUGGGCCAAGUCUCCCGAGGACUUCAUCUAUAAGCACAGGAAAGCCCUGGAGUCUGAAUACGUGUCGGCCAACUUGCACCACUGGAUUGAUCUGAUCUUCGGUUACAAGCAGAGGGGCCCCGCGGCUGUGGAGGCACUCAAUGUCUUCUACUACUGCACCUACGAAGGGGCAGUGGAUCUAGAUGCCAUCACUGACGAGAAGGAGCGGAAAGCUGUGGAAGGGAUGAUCAGUAACUUUGGGCAGACGCCAUGCCAGCUCCUCAAGGAGCCUCACCCUGCACGUCUAAACCUGGAGGAGGUGGACAAGAGGAAGGCUCGCCUGGAUGCUGCACCGCUCAACAUCUUUGAGCAUCUUACUGAACUCAAGUCUUUCUUUGUCGAGGGCAUCAGUGACAAUGUAGCACUGGUUAAGGCUGUGGUCCCAAAGAACCAGUCGCACUCCUUCAUUACCCAGGGCAGUCCAGACACAAUGGUGACCCUUAGCCAGAACUGCCUGAUGGGAACCCAUGGCUGGCUGCCCUACGACAAGAACAUCUCCAACUACUUCACCUUCAUCAAGGACCCGACCGUGACCAACCCCAAGACCCAGCGGUACCUGAGUGGGCCGUUCUCUCCCGGCAUGGAGGUGACAUCGGGUCUGUUUGUGGUCUCACAUGAUGGUAAGCUGCUGUUCAGCGGCGGCCACUGGGACAACAGCCUUCGGGUCACCUCGCUGUGCAAGGGCAAGACCGUGGGGCAGCACAUCCGGCAUAUGGACAUAGUGACGUGCCUGUCAACAGACUACUGCGGGAUCCACCUGAUCUCCGGCUCCAGAGACACCACCUGCAUGGUGUGGCAGAUCCUGCAGCAGGGCGGGGCUCCGGUGGGGCUGUGUCCCAAGCCAGUGCAGGUGCUCUAUGGACACACCGACGAGGUGGUCAGCGUCAGCAUCAGCACGGAGCUGGACAUGGCGGUCUCUGGGUCACGGGAUGGCACAGUCACCAUCCACACGGUACGCCGGGGUCAGUACAUGCGAUGCCUCCGGCCGCCCUGCGAGAGCUCCCUGCCUGUGUCCAUCCAGCACCUGGCCAUCUCCUAUGAGGGGUGUGUGGUCGUCCACACCUGUGUAGAGGCCAAGGCCAGUCUGAAGGAUAAGAAUGCCCUGCACCUGUACUCUGUUAACGGGAAGCACCUACGUACGGAGGUCCUGAAGGAACAGGUGACUGACAUGUGUGUGUCCAGGGAGUACCUGGUCAUCGGGAGCGAGCAGGGCUUCCUCUCCAUACGUGACCUGUACAGCCUGUCUCUCUGUGCCACCCCAAUGGCCAUGCGCGUGCCGGUGUGCUCUGUGUCGGUCACCAAGGAGCAGAGCCACAUCCUGGCGGGCCUGCAGGACGGCAAGCUGAUCAUCGUGGGCGUGGGCAAGCCGGCCGAGAUGCGUUCGGGGCAGAUCACACGGAAGCUGUGGGGCUCCAGCAAGCGCCUGACCCAGAUCUCCUCAGGAGAGACCGAGUACCAACCGACACGCAACCAGAACUGACCCCCCCCCCCCCCCAACUCCCCUCUGUCACUACCCCUCCCUCAUCCUUCUGCCCGCCAGACGGGCCCACCAGCGCCCCCAAUCACCACAUUCAACUCGAUCAGACCGAACCUCUCGUUCGAUUGACCUGUGGCUGUUUUCCCGGGAUUCACCCUCCCCGUCGAGGGUUUGAAGUCAGGCAUGUUCGAGUGCAUUUUAUCUGUGUUUGUGCGUUUGCUUUGGGGUCACGCGGUUGUAGGACAUGCAGCGGGUCCGAUCAGAACAACAGACGCAGGCGCCGAGUGUCUGAUGGAAAGGCCGUUUCGCGCGCCCCCCCCCGUCACAACGUUUCAUCAUCCACACCACCACGCAUGGCUCUUAACCCAUCAUCAUCGUCGUCAUGAUGGUCAUCACCACUAGAUCUAGGUCAGUCCAGCCCACCACAGCAAAGAAGCAAUCCAGCCAUCUGAUGUUGACCUCUGACCUGUCCAUCCGGAAGGGAGAGGGGAUCACCGACAUAGAAAUAGAGUUACUCCUUCUGGACCACCCAUGACAUGACAUUCACUAAAAUGGGCAUUUCAGAUUUAGUAAGUCUAUUUCUACGGUCACCAAGUUGACCCAUUUGUGUAUGUACACUAUGUCUGUCUGUCUGUGUGUGUGUGUGUGUAUGUGUGUGUGUGAGGGGGGGGUCUCCCCAGUUUUUACCUUCUCCUGUGGCCUUUUUAAAUGGUUUAGCCUUCCAUUCCUACUAUGGAGUUUGGUCAAUGCCUCUGGGCUGCUAUCCUAUGCAGCAUUGAGAACCAGUAGUAAGAGCCUAAGUUCAGCUACAAAACAAUGUUUGUGUUCUUUUUUUCUUCUGGGUUAUUUAGGUUACUGAGGAAGGUUGUCGGGGGCUGGUGGGUUCACAGAUGGGCGGGAAGCUCCAUGGGUUAUUGAUGUUGUAUUUUACACAGCCUUUCCAGCCCACGUUUCACUUAGCAUAAAGGACCAAGCCCUUAGGUAGCAAACACACUCAAACUAAGCCGAGCACUUACACCUGAUUGCUAACGUACACGCACAAGGAUCUCCUCGCUAUUGGAGAAGCUUCUGGUUGUGUUCCAGUUCGCCUUUUUACAUGGGGGGUGAUUGUGCUGAACAUCCUUGAAUUCUCUAUCACAAUAGCGUGGUUGCUGAAAUGUCACACUUCUCCGCAAACAAGGCCACCUGAAACGCACCCAAAGUCAGUUAGAUUGACAGAGGAAGAGAGAAGGGUGGGUCUAGUAGUGGCUAGGGCAAAGUGUGCCCAUAGUACUAGCUCAGUCAAACACUACCCUCUUAUACACACGGCAAGCUUCCUCACAUGAACUCAUCACAUUGGAGACCCUAUGCUUAUCUAGAGGCGAACGCCACGUCACCUGGCGUAUUCCUAGAUGUAAAGGUCCCCAUUAAUCCCGGAAUGUUUUUACAUUACUUGAAUCAAUGUUUAUUUAUGAAGAAUAAAAACUUUUUAAGACAUAGGCUAUUUAAAUGAACACUACAUUAUUUGUGUUUAUAGUAAAAACCUCUCGCAGGCUUCCACAGUGGAUCAAACCAUGUUUCAAAACAGAAGGGGAGACUUUCUAAGGGCUUUUCAGAUAUGAGCGUUUCAGUGUUGCAGCAAUACAUUUUUGUUUUCUCUGAUGAUUGCAUUGGUACAUUCCAGCCUCAUCUUGUCCCGGCUGAUCAACGAAAAUCUCCAGUCUUCCUGGUGUUCUGACAGGGACUCCCAUGAAUGGGAGAUGAGACAUAUUCUGCCAUGAGACGGCCCAAUCAGCUGCCUUCUAACAGUUUGCAUCACCUCAGUGUUCUUCUUCCUUCCUUGAUUGGCUCUUAGUUGAGAGUUAUGAUGUCAGCUUUUGUUUUCAGAUCCAGUAACUGCUCUAGAUUUUCAAGGAUGCAGCCUGGUUUUAGCAGACCGAACGCUGCACACACUAUUGCUUUGGUGGAAUGUAGCUACAUCAGUCUGGUUCCCAGGCUAAUUAAAUAUCCUUAAGGGACAGUUUUUCCAAUGAUAUCCUUCUGAUUUCCAAUGAUCAGAUAGGAUUAAAUGCUUUUCAAGUCAAUUGUUUCUCAGUUCUAUUAGAAUAAAAUGAUGUGUUUAAUCCAAUCUGAUAGUUGAAAUCUAGGUUUAUAGCUUUUGAAAAACUGUCCUUGACGAUCUAUAAUUGUAGUAAUGUCGCUGACCGUGCAUUUGUCAGCCCGGCCUUAUGUGGUUGGUGAGAUUUGAUGUGUCUGUAUGUUUGUUUGCUUUUUCACAGGCAGCCUAAUUCUGCUAUUUUGAAUUGCUAUUUUGAACCAAUCACAUAUUUUUCCAACAAAUAGGUCAAAUAUCAGAAUUAUCUGCCCGUGUCAAUGCAGUUUGAGAUUACGAAUCCUUAUGAUUGUUGUACUUCUGUCAAAUCAAAAAGACUGUUGUCAUGUUGAGUGAUUCUUUGUUUGUUUUUUGCAUUGUGUGUGUGUGUGCAUGUGUGUGUUCAUGAUGACAGCAUUUUUUAACGCCAAAUUCCUUAUUUCAUUAUCAUUGUCAUAUCACAUGUGGGGCAUCAAGUCAGUUUGCCUUGGUUAUAGUUCAAGGCAGUGAGUGCUUAAUGUAUAUUAUGGAAUGAGAUUCAUUAACUCUGACUAUAUGGUGGUUUAAGACUAGGGAUCAGACAUAUUCACUGUUUUAAAGGAGAGUUUGUAUACCAGGGUGUUGUUAAUUAAUAAUUAUUAAUUAUUUUCCAAAGGAUGUAUUUUAUAUUUUUUCCAAUUCUUUUUUUCAAACAUAGUUCGCCAGGCAGACAGGAGCACUAUUCACAAUGUUUGAGGGACUUCCUUCCAACCCCACCAUUGAAACAAAUGGAGUGCCUUUAUACGCAUUUUGCAUCAUACAUCCAUUUAUCCGGUUAGGGUGAAGAAUUUCUUUUGAACCCUUUCUCCAGGAAAACCCAUGGACAGCAGCAUUCCUAGAAUCAAGAACUUGUAUCUAAACUAAGUUGACUACAAAUCUGAAAUAUAUUGGUGUCUUAUCUUGGCUGCUUUCUCUGUGACUGUCACCAAAAUCUGUGUGUGUGUGUAUAUCUGUGAUUAUUUAUAAAUACAAGUAUAUAAUGUACAGCAUGAUUUUUAUUUCAUUUUAUUUGAAAUGUACUUUUUGCACUUUCCAGGUACUAAAUUGUAAGAUUGUUUUAAUUGUCUCCUUGAUCGAUUCUGUACAAACUGCUUUGUAUACACAAGUGGAAAGUAAUCAUUAAAGUCUUUGAAAAUCAUA